AUGAAAGUCUUCAACACCCCCAACGACUCCAACACCAUCACUGCCUUUAUCCUCUUGGGCUUCCCUUGCACCAGGGAGGGUCAAAUCCUCCUCUUUGUGCUCUUCUGUAUUGUCUACCUCCUGACCCUCAUGGGGAACGGUUCCGUCAUUUGUGCUGUGCACUGGGAUCAGAGACUCCACACCCCCAUGUACAUCCUACUCACCAACUUCUCCUUCCUGGAGAUCUGGUAUGUCACUUCCACUGUCCCCAACAUGUUGGUCAGCUUCCUCUCUGACACCAAGGUCAUCUCCUUCUCUGGGUUCUUUCUCCAAUUCUACUUUUUCUUCUCCCUGGGUUCUACAGAAAGUUUUUCCUUGGCAGUUAUGGCAUUUGAUCGAUACUUUGCAAUCUGCAGGCCUCUACACUAUCCAACCAUUAUGACUGGACAUCUCUGCACCAAUUUUGUGGUCAAUUGCUGGGUAUUUGGUUUCCUUUGGUUCUUGAUUCCUAUUAUCAUCAUUUCCCAGAUGUCCUUCUGUGGAUCCAGGAUUAUUAACCACUUCCUGUGUGACCCAGGUCCUCUUCUAGCACUCACUUGCAAAAGAGCUCGUGAUAGCCUUGUUGUCUCCACUUUAAGUUCUCUGCUACCCAUUAUUCUCUUUCUCUUCAUCAUGGGGUCCUACACUCUCGUCCUAAGAGCUGUACUAAAGGUCCCCUCAGCAGCUGGUUGAAGAAAAGCUUUCUCUACCUGUGGGUCUCAUCUGGCUGUGGUUUCACUUUUCUAUGGCUCAGUACUGGUCAUGUAUGGGAUUCCAACAUCUGAACAUGAAGAUGGAAUGCAGAAAAUUAUAAACCUAUUUUAUUCUGUCAUGACCCCACUCCUUAACACUGUGAUAUACAGUCUUAGGAACAAAGAUAUGAAAAGAGCCCUGCAGAAAUUUCUGGGAAUAUAA